GUGAAACGACGACGACGACGAAAGUCAAGCGCCGUUCAGGACAUUUUCGCUAGAAAUAGGUUCCGCUUGGUGAGCCCGUCCGGCAUCGAAAAACUGCCCCAAACCGUGUGGAAAAGACUGUGCCUGUCCUGCGGCUCGCAGGUCUACAAUUGCGGUCCGCUGGGAGCACCAUUUUACGACCGAAAAGCGGACCUGCAGUUUCCCUGAUCUUCCCUCCGCCGCGCUCUGGUAAUCCGUGAAAACAGAGACUCCUCUCCGUUUGCCUGCGCCAAAGGUCAUCUACACGGGUAGCCGGAUACGGCAGGACGAACACGGGGAACCGCUUGGAGUUGCUGUAGCCGCCAUCAUCGUCGACGUCGUGGUCGUUUUGUACCGAGGAUAUUUUUGUGAACAAACGGCAUCACCGUGCGCGUGACGUGAAGCGCUCAUCUCAGCAACUUUGUCAUCCAUUUCGGUGCGUCGCCGACUGUGACGGAAGAAGGUACGAGGGGGUGCCGCGUAAUCAAGGGCUAGCGAAAAGAAAAACAACGCAGCUUCCCAUCGCAUUUCUGCCCAAGCGUUGCGUCCCCGAUUCUGCUGCGGAAGCCCGGCGGCAUCCAUGGUAUGGGUUAACGUCCAGCUUCUCAACUGAUCUCAAGGUGCAACAACAAACGCACCCAGAUGCAGCUGCAGUAGUAGCAGCAACAGCAACACAAGCAACAACAGCAGCAUCCCAAGCAGUAGUAAUCUAGUAGGGAAGGUGCAAAAGUCAAAAGAAGAGUACCAGAGAGAGAGCGAGCGAGAAAGAGCAGGAGCGUGAGAGGGAGCGCGAGAGAGAGGGCAGACAGAGGCAGAGUACGGUCGCCUCCAUCCAUCGCCAGCGCGUGGAUCAUCAUCGGGGGCGUGAAAUAAAGGGGUUUAAGCUAGAGGACCGAUUGUGGAGCAGCUUCUACAUGGAAAGUCCACUGCGUCGAAGUGCCCCAGCAUCAGCAAUCCGCGGUACUGUUGGUGUUGUUGUCGCCGCAGAUGCAGGUAUCUGCUAGAAAAUCAAAGUAAUCCACGAGCACGAGAACAACACAAUCCCAGCGCCGCGUGAAUACUCCCCAACGAUGGCCAGUGAUACGGAAGACGAAUUGCGAUCGGCGGUCAAUGGUAGCGGUGGGCCCCUGGCAUCCAGCUCUGUACCCUCAACAUCAACGGGCCGUGCCAGAAGGCUUCGCAAUCGCACCGUCAUCGGUGAUGACAGUGAUGAGGACAACAGUAGCAGCGGUAGCGGGCCGAUUGCAGGACCCAGCAGGCGUCGUCCUCCCGGUGGUGGCAUCGUGAAGAUGGAUCUUGCAUCGGAGAGCUCGGAAUGGGAAUCGGAUUGGAACAGCGACGAGGAGCAGCUGCUGGAAAAGGGUGACAAGGACGAGGUGGCGGCCGUUCUGGCCAGUAAGCUCGGGUACGCCUCGGACGAGUCGAGCGGUGGCAGCAGCAGCGAGAGCGAAAAGUGUCCCAUCUGCCUACUAUCGCUGCACAACCAGCAGGUAGGAGUGCCGGAGGUAUGCGAGCAUGUGUUUUGUGCGGCCUGCAUUGAAGAAUGGUCCCGCAAUGUCUCAACCUGUCCGAUCGAUCGUAAGGAGUUUGCCGUGAUCAAUAUCUUUGCGAACGUGGACCAACGGCAGACCGUGCUGCGCACGUACCGCGUUGAACCGAAAGUGAAUGAGCAGGAUGAGGGAGAAGAAGAUGGCGGUAUGGCUGUUGCGGCCGGUGUGCAACUGCCGACACCCGAGGAUGAGCUGACCUACUGUGAGGUAUGCCGGCUGGCACACAGCGAAGAGACGAUGCUGCUUUGCGAUGCCUGUAACCUUGGAUACCACAUGGAGUGCUUGAAUCCGCCGCUGCUCGAGAUACCAACCGGCUCAUGGUAUUGCGAUUGCUGCUUCGCGUCCGGCACGGAUGAAGACGAUAACGAGCUGCAGGAUUUGCUGAACGAUUUGAACCAGAUCGGCGGCAUGAGAGAGUCCCGGCUGCGGCAGCGUAUCCGCAGUCCACCUCGCAUCGUUCGUACACGCCAAAGUGAGAGGAUUCGAGCGGCCAUCCUCAAUCGGGCACGAGCAGCCGUACGGCUGAACGUCGUACAAAGCUCACCGGAUGCCGCCGUCACGGCGGCGGCUCGUUCCCGUGCCCGCUUAGCAGCCGGUUCCUCCGCACAUGGUGGUAGCAGCAGCAGCAGCAGCCUUGUAGCCGUCACCACGGCUCCUCGGGCUCGGAAAACGGUCAAAAGAAAGCGCCGACGACGUACGCGCCGAAAGCUGCUCAGCAUGAUCAUCUCCGAGUACGACGUCGAUGAUGGUGACGAGGGUGGCCGUGCAGCCGGCGAACCGGGGCAGAAGUUUGCCAUCAAACGCAAGAAACUGUACAGUACGCUACGCAAGCUGCGAAAGAAGCGCGCCAAACGGCGAAAAACAUCGCUCGCCAGCAGUGCCGCUUGUUCGAACAGUCGGAGGCGUGCAGUGGCCGCGACACCAGCCGGCGAGGAGCUUCUUCGUUCCAACAAUGUUGCUGAGGAUGCCGGAGGAAUACAGCGACAGCGGCUCAGUGCCGGUAUAACACCACUCAAAAUCUUCGGUGGACGGAAUGAUUUGGAUUAUUUUAGCGACGAAGACGACGACGAAGGUAGUAGCACGGGUGGUGGUGGUGGUGGAAGAGGUGGAGGCGGUAUAGGUGGAUCUACGCUGAUCGGUUCAGCAGUGAGCAGCCGGCUUCGCAAUCCACUCGGUCAUCGACGAGCACUUAAGAAUGGCUUCGAACGGUUCAGUGCCCCUGGUAUGGCCGAAGCCGGCCAGGUCGACCUACUCGGGAGCAUUCUCGAAAGCCAGGAGCGGUGGCAUUCACGGGAUGGUCUUCGAAAUGUGCGCAUCAACGGAGGAAAGAUCAUUUUCCCGAACGGUGAAUCCUCGAGUCGCACGGAACGAUCCGAUCAUCCUACAAACGAUCAACGAAAUGGUAGCUCAGGACGACUCGAGAUAACUGGAGCGGCAAACACUCCUGGAACCAGUGGUACUGGCAGCGGCCAAACGCCAAUCUCAAUGAACGGUACAACGGGUACGGAUGGAGCCUCCUCGUCGAGUACCACAACAUCAGCGGGUCAUUCCGGCACAGCAUCAGCAUCUGCUGCUGCAGGUGCAGGGGCCGAAAGAAGUAGCGUUGGGCCCUCUGGCUCUCCGCAGGAUAGUUCCAUACCCGAUCCUUCCGAUACAUCCAUCUUUGUAGAUCUUCCACGGCCCGCAACUAGCAAAUCAACGACGUCAGCCGACAAGGGUGAAAAGCGAAAGGAUAGCGAUAAGGAGGACAAGGAGCGCAAGGAGCGCAAGGAUAGCAAUGAGAAGAUUAAACCUAUAGCUGGCCGUUUACCGAAAGGGCUCGGUGGUAACGAUGCACUCGCUGGACCAUCGACCUCGACGACUUCGGCCACUGCGGCCUCCACGGUUGAAAACAACUGUCCCAAUUUCAGCGUUUAUUCCUCGGAGACACUGCACUACGCCAAGGGUACGGUAGAUGGUAGCCAACCGUACGAUCCGCUCGAUAGUGAGCAGCGCACGGAUGAGGAGGAUGAAGGGGGCGAUCGCGACGAGGAUCUGGUGCAGCUGGACGAUGAUGAUCCACUGGGGCAGAGCAACGAGAAGUUGGCAGGCAGUGGAGCAGCCGAAAAUGGAAGAGACACCACCAGAGAUGGUAAUAGUGUCGAGGAGGAGGAGGAGGAGAACGCACACGAUGCCGAGGUAGACGAUGGGACACCGGCACGCGAUGAGUUCGAUUCGGAGAGUGACGAUGAGCUAAAGAAGAUCGAAGCCGAUUCCAACCGGGGUCUGGAUGGACGGAACCGUUCGGGACGAAGCGAUGGAGGAUUGGAUGCACUGACGCCACCGCUCACCACUUCACUCGUGGCUGCCCUCGGUGCAUCCGGGGCCGCGAUGGCAGCUGCAUCUGCUAUCGCCACCGCUAACUUUGGUCCUCCGAUGGGUCUCGGAGCUUCCUCAUCGUCGAAUGGUGGUGCCGGUGCGAGUGCGCCAGUUAGCGCACCAGCCGGUGAUGAUGAUCGUAGCUACACGCCAUGCCUGGAUGAGAAGUAUCAAGAGCGCCGGGAGCUGAACGCCGAUCAGCAGCACGAUGGUGAAGAGGAGGAUGGUGAUCGUGGUAGCUCGUUGCUUAGCUCGUCCGUGCGAUUCCGCAGCCAGGGCAGUGCGAUCGAUUCGGCCGGCAUUGACGGGAUGGACACGGAGCUGAUCUCCGAAGAUGAUGAGGCCACCUUUACUGAGGCGGCCCGGGAAGAUGGAGGUCGUGGUGGUGGUGGUGGUGCCGCUGCGGCUGCUGCUGCUGCUGCUGGGCCUUCCGGUUCCGGCAAAGCGUCUACUUCCCAGGCAGGGGCUAGUACGUCAGGAGUGAAGAAGAAAUCGGGUGUUGCCAGUAGCGAGCUGACGUUUAAGAAGGUCACAAAGAAGGGCCGUGAGCGAAACUAUCGUGAGAAGGAUUCGAAGAAGAAAUCAUCCCGCCGGGGAGGAGGCUCUACGCGCGAUGGUGAUCGUGGAGACGGUGAUGAGCCCGAGGAAGACGAGGAAGAUGAUGAAUACGAUCGCGCAGGUGGUCGUCGGGAGAAUGGUGGAGCGGGUGAGAGUGGUGGAGAAGGAAGCAAAUCGGAACGGCGCAAUCGACAACGUAGACCGAAGCGGAAAGAGCUACCACGGUACGACAUCCGUUCGAUCAUCGCCGAAAAGCGGCCCCGUAUCUACAAGGAUCCGUUUGGUCGGGAUGUGACACCGAAACGACGCUCCCGUACACGAUCACCUCAUCAUCAUCAUGGUCGAGCCUCGCGUAGCCGCUCGCGGGAUCGUGCACGCGCUAACAUUUCGAUCUCCCUCUCACCUGAACCGGCACCACCGAUGGCUGCGGCACGCUCGUCCCGUACCUAUGGUGCUGCAAGUGCACGUCGUCCAGUUGCUCGAUCGCCAUCGCCACGUCAUCGGGGAGGAGGACGAUCACCACUACCGGCUGCGGUGCGUUCUCCACCACCCUAUCGCUCCCGUUCUCGCUCUCGAUCGCGCGGUGGUGCAAUGCGUUCACUUUCGCCACGAUCACCACGUGGACGAUACGCCCGAUCGUUGCGUUCCCGGUCACGGUCCUACUCACGUUCACCAUCACCACUACCGGCGAGUGCUGCAGGUGCUGCUGCUGCUGCUGCUGGCUCCCACCGACAUCGACGUUCACGAUCGCCUCGAUCACGCUCACGAUCACCUGGACUGGGGCACGAGCGAAGAGGUGACCGGCGAUCGAAGAAGAAAUCCAAACGAAAAUCGAAACGGCUAGUGUCGCUGAGUCGCAGUCGAAGCAGAAGCCGUAGCCGAAGCAGAAGCCGUAGUCGAAGCCGUAGCCGCAGUCGCACUCCAGUCGAUCGUCGGGGACGUCGUCUGCAGAAGGUGUCAUCAUCAGCCGCCAUCAGCGGUCGUAGUCGAAAGAAGAAAACGAAACGGGAACGCAGCUUGUCACCGGCACUGGCCGUUCCACGGUCAACGAUGGCGACGUCCAGCAAGAAGCAGAAAAAGAAGAACCGAAAACGAUCGUCCCUAUCGCCGAUCAUGUCCCGAUCCGUAUCUCGGACACCUCCCCCGACGAGCAAAGGACAGCGCCAGCGGGGAUCGUGGACUCCGCCACCACUGCCGACCGGUUCGGGCACCGGAGCAACGAGCGGUGCCGGUGCUAGCCGGGUCAAAACGAACGGUGCCGCCAACCUGACGGUCAUAUUGACGAAUGAAGAAGCGAUCGCCAAGCAGCAGCAGCAACAGCAGCUGUUGCAAGAAGGAGGUAGCAAGGAGCAGCGCAACAGCAGCAGCAGCAAGGCGGCACGGAAGGAAGCUCGUCGCCGGGAGCGUGCCCGUGAGAAGCAUAACCUACCCUCGAAGGAAGUAUUUACAUCGGGUGAUAAUAUUCUUGUAAGUGUUAGCUUUAACGACAAAUCAUCGACAUCGGCAACGGUGACGGGCGGAUCGGCGGGUGGUGGCAAGGAGAGCGCAGGCGGUGAUCACCAUCACCACCAUCAUCAUCACCAUCACGGAGCGACCGGCGACAUAGGAGGUAGCAAUGUGACAACGACCGGAUCCGCUAGUGGUGAUCGAUCGAAGCAACGAUCGAAGGACAACGGUCCCGGUGGUACUUCGAAACGUCAGCGGCCACCGAUGGAUGGCGCCAAGGGUAGCAGUGGCAUUUCCACCACCGGCAAGCGUUUGGAUCGACUUGGCAAGCAACUGCGCGGAGGAGGAGCCUCCGGUGGUCGUGGUUUGGUGGAUGGAGCAACAGCCAAACCGGUGCUCAUUAUCGAUCUGGACGGAUCGCCAUUCCGCGUGCUGACUCCUUCACCGAAGGCCGUGAUCGUGCUGUCCGACAGCGACACCGAGAAGGACAAGGAUCGAGGAGGAGGACGAGCAGGAGGUGCUGCAUCUGGUACGAACGUUGCAUCCGGUCCGGGCGGAACACAGGCAUCAGAGAAGGAUAGCACGGCCGUUGGUGGUGGUAUGCGAAUCGGACAAUCGUUUGGCCAAUCGCUCGGUAUCGUUGUUGAUGCCGGUGGAGCAUCAAGUGCUGGUCCUGGUGUUGGUUCCGGUUCAUCUGGUGUCGUCGCCGCCGCUGCUGGAGGUGGUCCCGUACAUCGCAAGACACCACCGGAUGAUGAUAUGUUUGGACCGAAAACACCACCCGGCUUUCCAACCACUUCUGCCUCUGCUUCUACCGUCGGUAACGCCACCAAUGCCGUAGGUUCCUCUGCUGCUGGUACCGCUGGUGGUGGUGGUCCAUCCUCUCUGUCUUCCUCCACUUCUGUGAUGGGCAACAAGGUGCAGCAACAGGCACCCAAGUUUUCGAUGCAAGUCAAGACAAAAUUGUCCAACGUACGGCCCGUCAACCCACUGUACGACCCCGGAGACCUUGAUGAGGGCAAAGACGAGAGUCCCGAGCGCCAGGAUGGUAGCUGUGCAGCGGCCGGUGAUGCUGUCGAAAGUGCUGCUGGCCAAUCCGGUAUUGGUGCUGGAACGAUUACUGCUAGUGUUGGUGGCCCUGGGGGUCCAAGUGCCUCAUUGCAAACGGGUUAUGGUGCGAUGGCCGUUGGACCGAAUACACCACCGGAACCGGCGCCCCAAUCGCCUUCACCAGAUGUGUACGAUCCGUUUGAACCGACCAAGUCUCCCUCACCUUCGCCAACGGACGGGCGUGAUGGUCAUUCCAUUGGCCGUCUUUCGGAAGACGAGGAUGAUGAUGACGAUGACGAUGAGCGUGAACCAGUCAAGACGACGGUAUCGUCCGCCCGCGAUCAGCAUCCGGGAUCGGCAUCGGAUGGUCUCGUGAACGUUACGGAACGCAACAGUGAGCUGAUGAAUGGGGCCGACAGUGGAUCCCGAACACCGCCGCUUAUGGGUGGCCGGAUGGGUGGCAACGCUGCCAAGGUUACCGUCCUUAGUAACAUCGUGCUCAGCGGAGGACCCCCCAAUGCGGUCAGCUCCAGCGGUGCCAACUCGGACUCGGAUGUGGUGAUCUUCGACGAGUUUACUCAUUCCUCGUCGAUGAAGGGAGCGAAUGCGGCUGCCACUGCCACUGGUGGAACCGGCAACAACAAUGUCAUCGCGAAGCUUCCACUUCCUGGCCAACAGCAGCAACAGGCGGGUGGUGCGGGCAAGUUUGGUGGGGACUUUAUGAACCCAACCGACUCACCGUACUCACCGGGAGCGAGUGAUUUCGAUGAUCUGUUCGAGCCACCAGGACCGGGCGACGUAACCGGUGGGGAUCUUUCACCUCUCGCGAUGCCAUCACACGGUGGUAGCAAGCAGCAGUCCAACCAUCAUCAGCACACAAUGGGCGCCAAUGCGCAGCAAGCUUCAUCGUCGUCAGCGACUGCCUACAAACCUUCGACCUCGAAGAUGCCCACGACGAAGGCGGCCAAAAAGGCUACCAAUCACUUCGAUUCCUUGUUCGGUUCCUCGCCGAACCAUAACGUUGCGGGCAAGGCGGCUGGACGCAACCGAAAGGGUGGUGGUGCACACAAGCGAUCCAAGGGCGGUGCUGCCGGAGGUGGAAAAUCUAACCAAAAAGGAGACCCAGCUGAUGAUGAAGAUCCUUCGAAGCUCACGGUGAAGGAAAAGUUUUUGAAGAAACUCAAUCGUCUCGAGCGUGUCGUCGAGGAGGUCAAAUUAGUGAUUAAGCCGUAUUACAACAAGAAGCAGAUCAACAAGGACGAGUACAAGGAUAUACUUCGCCGAGCAGUACCGAAGAUUUGCCACAGCCGCACCGGGGAGAUCAAUCCAAUCAAAAUCCAAAAACUGAUCAAAGCCUACGUCCGCAAGAUUCGUGGCAAGCGGCGUCUUACUAAGAAAGGUGGCCCUGGUGGUGGUCCCUUAGGUUUAGCGACGGCUAACAAUAACGCCAUUAUCAUUUAGACGAAUGGCGAACGGUGACAACACGGUAUCGUCGUCGUCGUCGUCGAGGAGGUGUACGGUAUGUCAAAUUUUGUAAAAAGUUUUGAUUCGCUUGACUCGCUGUUGUUUCAGCGCGAACAAAAGGGAGAGAAGAAACGUGUGCAAGAACAGCACACCAGAUGAAACGGAAACUCUAUCUUUAUCCAUGAUUAUUCAGAUUAUGAUUAGCAUUAACGGUUCUUAUCAUUAUGUACAAAUCAUCCCAACACUUACUCGAAUGGUACUGCGGGGAAAAAGGUAGAGAGAGAAAUCACACUCGCCUCACAGUGCGAUGCAUCUGGUAGAAACGAGGGUACCUGCUAGGCUACUAGUAUGGUGUGUGCGACGUGUGUAUCAGCCUAAAUGGUGCAGUUUUAGAUGAAUGUUAGUUUUCUCCAUUUAUAUUAUUUUGCGAAUUUUAAUUAUUCUUUUCUUAAAAAAAUACUAAGAGGGUUUUGUGCGAGUGUUUAGAGUAAGAGGAUGCAUAACCUAGACAGUCGACAUGAUUGUGCGUCGUGUAGGUGGAAAAAGGAACCUAGAAAGUGUGACAAUGUGUGGAGCGAGAGAUAGAGAGAAAAGUAAUGUAUAAAAAUGAAGAAAAUAUGAACCAAUUCUAAUUUUGAAAACGAGAAACCCCCAAAUCAGAACAAAUGAAGAAGGUUGAGCGAGGGAGAGAGCGCGCGUGAAUCAUGGUAGAAGUGAUGGUUCAAAACUAUGGUCUAAAUGACUCAAGAACAUUCUCUUGCUUUCCGCUGCUUAACGCGGGUAAGAGUUUGGCAUUCAACUACCAAAAACUGAGCUCCAACACUCAAAGGCUCAGUCUUGGGGUCAACGAUGCGAAAGCGAGACUCGAACGAUUGCACAGCGAUCGUACCAGGGCCACAAUCUUUGCAGAACAAACGUUAAUGCUUCAUGAAGGAGUGGAUGGUAGCUUGAAAGUAGUAAAUUGCCAACCUCGAUGCAAUGCAGAUUACAUCGCGGAUGCUAUGCUUUGAGUUACACAAAUGAACCGGACUGGAACGAGGAAUCAUUAGAGUUACGAUAUUUAUAUUGAAAAAAUGGUAAGAUUGAUUGUAUUAUAGGCCAACUGAUAGCGGAAGAAAAAUGUGUAAAAUGUAUGGGGAGAAGUCAUAACAUAAUCUCCGCUUCCCUGAGCUGCCUCAGCUAAUAGGAAGCUGCAGAAAGAUAGACAACCAGCAGAUGAGAAGGUUCCGCUUGAUGCUGAUCAUUCUCGAAACGGAGCAUUAGUGGUAACCGCGAUCGGCUAUCAUCGGAGUGUGAUCUUGCAUUCUCUAGAUAUCCGUACGUAUACAUAUAUUCAUGCAUAAGAUGAUGAUUACUGCACUGCACCGCUACAAAACACUCAAUACACACAGAAACACUAGCAUAUACACACUAGCAAGAGUACUCCCUAUUGUUCCGUAAGCGUCAGAACAUACCGGCACACGAUUAAAUGAUAAGCUAAAAGUAGUACGUUGUUAAGUAGCGAAAACACUAAGAAACGGGAUGAAAGGCGAAACACAACACAGACAGAGUCAGAUAGUGGGGUAACCGAAUAUCCAUGCUCCACGCUCGCUGGUUGGCAUAUAGAACACAAGGACAGCAGUGCUCCACUUGCUGGGUUACCCAAGAAUGCCGAGAAGUCAAUUGUAGCCAAAUGAGCAAGGAGCUGUAGCUGCCGAAUGCAAUACCUUUCUCAUAAAUCCUUCGACAUUAAGUCUUCGUUUUCUUCGUCGCCCGUUCGCUACGGUGACCGCGAGGCCUGCGAAUUGAGAUGGUACACCAUCAUGGUCUUGGUCAUUAUCAUCGUCAUCAUCAUUUUUCUUCUACGCUACCAAGACACCGUUCAUCACCGCCCGCGUGGCGUGGCAGAAAGAAAUUUGUGGUUUAAUAAAGCUAGCCCUUAAGUGAUAUAAAGUAAAGCAAAAUGGUUGUGUCUUGGAUAUUGGUCCUGUUAAGUGGCAUCCGAUCAUCAACAGUCUCCUUUGAUUUUUG